AUGUCUCGGAUCGCUCCCUUCAAGAAGCGGCGUCGAUCGGAAAGCUCUAAAGCCAAAACCCAACAGAGAAGUAAGCUGAAGAAGAUGUUGAUCAGAAAAGCUGCCCGGUACAGUAUUGAGUGUGACUCGGAUGUAUUCGUUAUGAUACGGGUCAAGGGAAGCGGCUGA